AUGUUCAAAAAGCUUGAGAUUAAAAUUCCGUUCUUGGAGGCACUUGAACAAAUGCCCUCUUAUGCCAAAUUUAUGAAGGAUAUUAUUUCAAAGAAGAGGAGCAUCGAUACUGACCCGAUUGUACUAACCGAAACUUAUAGUGCAAUUUUGCAGGGUAUGAAGAUUCCGGCGAAGAAGAAAGAUCGAGGAUCGGUAACUAUCCCUUGCACUAUUGGGGAUAAAUCUUUCAAAAAGGCCCUUAUAGACUUGGGGGAAAGUGUGAGUCUCAUGCCGUUAUCCAUUUACAAGAGGUUAGGGAUCAGAAAAGUGCAAGAUACCAGAAUGACACUUCAAUUUGCUGACCACUCUGUGAAGGGACCCUAUGGAGUAGUGGAAGAUGUUCUUAUGAAUAUUGAUAAGUUUGUGUUUCUGGUGGACUUUGUCAUCUUAGAAAUGCUAGAAGAUGAAGAGAUACCUCUCAUUCUUGGUAGACCAUUUUUGGAGACAUGA